AUGACAGGGGUGGGCAGGAAGGUGAGCCCCGCCCCCGGAGACGGGCAGAGGAGGCGGAGGGGGUGGGGGUGGGAGGAAGAGGAAGAGGGAAGGAGACCAAGGGCGGGCAGAGAGCGGGCGGUCAGGACAGCUACAGCACAGGCAGCUACAGCACAGGCAGCUACAGUGCGAGCUUUCCCCACAGCACCCCGCCCACGUGCCCCAACCCUGACCUGGAGAGACCACCUCUGGAGACCACCCUAUACCAUCCACGGACAGAACGCCAUUCCACAGCCAGAUUUGACCAAGCUGCUCCAGUCAGCGAUGCCACAGUCUCAUCUUCCCAGGACGCAUCGCAACACCGGAUUCAGGGCAGGUCUGGAAGCAUCUGCUCGGACUACUUCUCAUGAACUCACCUUUCCACCUUUGAUUGGCUGCGUAAUCGGGCGUCAAGGCGCCCAAAUCCUUGAGAUCCAUCAGAUGUCUGGGGCGCAGAUCAAAAUCGAGAACCCAGUGGAAGGAUCUACUGACAGGCAGGUUACCAUCGCCGGAUCCGCUGCCCGCAUUAGCCUGGGUCGGCAUCCCCUCAGUGCCAGGCUUUCCUCGGAGACGGGCGGCGUGGGGAGCAGCUGGAGCGCUGCAGGCUCAUCCGCCACCUCUGUGCUGCUCACCACCACCCAGGGUCCGUCUGUGCAGUUUCCGAACAGUCAGCGAUUCCAGGUUUUAAAUAGUUCGUAA